UCUAUUAUUAUAUUCCCAUCACUUAUACUAUAGUAAUAAACAAUGUUGAAUCUCACCUGUAACCUCUGCUAAAAGUAACCUUCUUCCAGUUGACCCCCUCCUGCUUCUUCAUCAUUUCAUUUGAUUUGACGACUUCUCCUCUAACAGUCUUCAAAUUUACAACCACCCAGUCAGUUUCAUUACAGUGUGGCGCCAGUAAAGUUCCCUGAAACUAUGAGUACUGGUUCAACAAAGGCUACUUUAAAUGGCUUUGAGAAUUCUUUGAGACCGGAAGAAGAACAGAACAAGCAGAUCAAUGAGAUGAGAAAGUUGAUUGGGCCACUUUCAGGUAAAUUGGCUCUUUAUUGUUCUGAUGCAUCCAUUUCAAGAUAUUUAAUGGCUCGAAGCUGGAAUGUGAAGAAGGCAGCUAAGAUGCUUAAGGCGACUCUGAAGUGGAGAUCGGAGUAUAAGCCUGACGAAAUUCGCUGGGAUAAUGUGGCCAGUGAAGCAGAAACAGGCAAAAUUUAUAGGUCAAACUAUACAGACAAGCAGGGUAGGACAGUUCUUGUCAUGAGACCUCGAUGCCAGAACACUAAGUCUGUUAAAGGACAAAUCAAGUAUUUAGUGUAUUGCAUGGAAAACGCUGUUGUAAAUCUCCCAGAAGACCAGGAACAGAUGGUCUGGUUGAUUGAUUUCCAUGGAUUCAAUCUGUCACACAUCUCGAUCAAGGUGACAAAAGAAACAGCUCAUGUUUUGCAAGAACAUUAUCCUGAAAGGCUGGGGAUAGCUAUUUUAUAUGAUGCACCCAAGAUAUUUGAACCAUUUUGGAAGGUCGCAAAGCCUUUUUUGGACCCAAAGACUGCCAGCAAAGUCAACUUUGUGUACUCAGAUGACCCCAACAGCAAGAAAAUUAUGGAAGAACUGUUUGACAUGAGGCUGCUGGAAUCUGCAUUUGGCGGAGAUGAUAAGGCUGAUUUUGAUAUCAAUAAAUAUGCUGAGAGGAUGAGAGAAGAUGAUAAAAAGUUGUCUUCCUUCUGGGAGAAAGACGAUACUUCUGCAUUAAGUGCACAACCAACUGUUGUGACAACCGAACCCUCUUUAGAACCAACAAAUUCAGAAUCUGAUUCUGAUGCCUUAGAUGUAAAAGUAGAUAAACUUUCUCUUGAUGUUGAUGAAGAGGAAUCGCCAAUUGAAGAAACUUUGCCAGGGACUGACAGUACAAAUGAGAAUGCUGACAGAUUAAAGCAGUGUAACUGAGGGCUAUCUCUUCAACUUUGUAGUUUUUACUAUUUCUUUUAUUGAUGACUAAAUGCUCAUAACAUGGGCAAAUUAACCAUUUUGUUAAUGGUUCAGAACUGGAGUUAUGAGCAGAAAACAUUUUAAUACAGGUGAUGUACUGAAUGAUAUGUUAUGAAAUGAAUGUUCUGCCUCUUUAUACGUA